CCCCCGCCUUCCUUCCCCUCCCCUUCGCCGCCUCCGGGCUCCGAUCCCGGCCCCUAAUUCCCGGUCCCGGUGCCCGGUGCUCGGCGCGGCUUUGCACGGGGCACCGGGGCGAGCGGGCCGGGCCGCCCUCAGCGGCGGCAGCGGGGUGGGCACAGCAUGGCUCUGGCGCUGCGCUGCCUGCGGCCGCUCCCGGCGCUGCUGCUCCGCCGCUGCCCCGCGGGGCCCGGGGCGCUGCCCGCGGCCCCCCGCCCGGCCCCGCUCCCGCGGGGGCUGCUGGGCAGGCAGCUGGCCACCAAAAGAGCUAAAGGUAAAGGGCAGAGCCACGCCAAAGUGAACAUCAGUGCUGCCCUAGUUGAGGAUAUUAUCAAUUUGGAGGAAACCAGUGAAGACAUGCAGGCAGUUGUAGAAGCUCUGAAAGAAGAUUUCAGCAGAAAUCUCAAUGUUAGAACCUCAGCAGGGGCCCUGGAUCACAUAACUGUGGUGACAAAAGAUGGGAAGUUUCCGCUGAACCAGCUGGGGCAGAUCUCACAGAAGUCACCGCAGCUCCUGAUAGUGAACAUGACCAGUUUUCCAGAGAGCACAGCUGCAGCUGCCAAGGCCAUAAGGGAGAGUGGCAUGAACCUGAACCCAGAGGUGGACGGGGCGGUGAUCCGGGUGCCGGUGCCCAAGGUCACGAGGGAGCACAGGGAGAGCCUGGCCAAGCUGGCCAAGCAGUCCACCAACAAGUCCAAAGAGGCCCUGAGAAAGGUGAGGAGCAAAAGCAUCACCCAAAUAAAGAAGUCCAAGAGCAAAGUGUCAGAAGAUACCAUCCGGCUGCUAGAAAAGCAGAUCCAGCAAAUGGCAGAUGAGGCUGCUGCAGAGAUGGACAAGCUGCUGGCAGCAAAGACCAAGGAGCUGCUUGGAUAAACACCAUCCCAGUGCCACAGGAGCAGGAAUGGGCUGCCACAGCCCCAGCACCCACCCUGCCUGGGCCAGCAGCCCCAGGGUGGGCAGGGGCAGCUCUGUGCCUUGGCUGCUCCCACUGCCUGCCCUGGGCUCUGCUGGAGGGAGGGGGGGCUCUCCUUGCUGUCCUUUAUCCAGGUGGGAACAGAACUGAGAUUGAAAAUAAAAUAUCAGGAAGGAGAAGUGGAAACUGCUGGAGGCACAGAGGAAGGACUGCCCUGCUCACUUUGUGCCCCAUCUUUGCCCCACACCUUCAGCCCCCUGGAGCCAGAGGAACCUGCCUGUCCUGCUGCAAACCUCAGCAUUUAUUUCUGCUGGAAAUAAAGUCAAAAUGAGGUGUGGGGCAGCAGCCUCGGGACACAGGUGCUGGCUGGUGUGUUCCCUUAGCUCACGUGUUCCAAAGCAAGCAUUUGCCCCUUGCCAUGGCAGCAGGGUGGGCAGGGACCCUGUGGGGAGAGAACUGAAACCUGUGCUGUCAGCAGAGCUGCUUUAGCCAGGACUGAGGAGACCUAAAGCCAGCACAGGAACUUCCCAAAAGCAGCAUCUGCCUCCCCAGCCUGUGAGUCUCUGGCACCACAGCUGAGGGGCUGGAGGAGGUGCAGAGCAGGUCCUGAGCUCACAGCUCAGCUCAGCCCCUCGCUGUGAGCAGGUACUUCCAGGGCAGCAGGGACUUGGGCAGUGACAGCAGCAGGAAGGUGGUGGCAGCCCCAGCCCUGCUCCCAAGGCACUUGGGUUCAAAGAGCACCAAGUGCUCUGCACUCCUUAAAUAAACAACUCCCCAAAAGUUAGUUUGUGUGCCACGGGGAGGGGGAGGAGGAUGAAGGAUUUGCUCUGCUAGGGCCCCACAUGUCAACAAUUUCUCUGCUUUGUGUAUUUUGGCCAAAGCCCUUACCAUGAUAAAUGAAUAAAGGAAGAUGGCGAGCCCAGGGCGGUUCCACAGCUCGGGAAA